UACUCCUUUUCUUCCUCCUUAAGUUUGCUUCUUUGCAAUCUCCACAUCACCCAAACCUGUUUCCUCUUCCCAUAGAUGGGACGGCCUAGAAGCUUCCAUGUGGAUCUGGUGGUUAAAACCAGACAUAAGCACACAUGUAGGGCCCUUAGUCCUCCACGUCUCACUUGAGAAUCUCCAUUGCACCAAACGUUUUUUCCUAUAUUACCUUAUCAAGAAUCAACAAAAAGCAGAUUACGAACCGUCUUGAACCCCAACCAAAAUCUCUCCUCUCUCGCGAUCUAAAACAGGAACCCGGAACAAUGUCCCAGAAACCAAUGGAAGUGGUAAAGCAUUUGGACAUCAACAGAUACAUGGGAAGGUGGUACGAGAUCGCCUCAUUCCCGUCGAGGUUUCAGCCUAGGGGUGGGGUGAAUACGAGGGCUACCUACACUCUGAGAGAAGAUGGAACUGUCCAUGUGCUUAAUGAGACUUUCACUGAUGGCAAAAGAGGGUAUAUAGAAGGCACUGCCUACAAGGCUGAUCCCAAGAGUGAUGAGGCAAAGCUGAAAGUCAAAUUCUAUGUUCCCCCAUUCUUGCCCAUCAUUCCUGUUGUGGGGGAUUACUGGGUUUUGUUCAUUGAUGAUGAUUAUCAGUAUGCUCUCAUUGGUCAGCCUAGCAGGAAGUAUCUCUGGAUUUUAUGCAGGCAGCCACAUAUGGAUGAUGAAAUCUACAAUCAGCUGGUGCAGAAGGCCAAAGACGAGGGCUAUGAUGUGAGCACACUGCACAAGACCCCACAAAGUGAUCCUCCACCAGAAGGAGAGGAGACCCCCAAGGACACCAAAGGAAUAUGGUGGAUCAAAUCCAUUUUUGGAAAGUAGGACUCAGUAUGAAUAUGACAACCUUAUGGUUUAGUAUAAAUAUGCAAAUAAAAUAUUGGGUCAAAACCCAGUUUGAAGCAUAGGGCCUGCAGUCGAAUCCUAUCUCUUUCUUUGUUACAUGUAAAUAAUAGGGUCUGUGAACUCAUCUUAUAGCUGUAUGCAAGUUUGGUUUGGUGUGUAGGGUGAAGCAUGAUGGGGAGGAUUGUAAGACUUGGACACGACAGAUAAAUUAAUUUUGUUUGUUGGAAUCCAAUGAUGAACAGCUGAAUAUCUGGGUGCAGUCUUGAA